ACUUUGAAAUAAAAGGAAAUUAAGACCGACAUAAUACAAAUGCGAUGCAGAAUUGCCCUCCCUCCUGUUACAUUUAUCAAAAAGAAACCCACAACUCAAUGUCUCUUCAAAAUUUCUUCAAAUUUCUCAAGAAAACAUUAGUUAAAGAAAGAGAAAGAAAACCUUCAGCACUUUCAGAGGGACUAUGUCGUCAAUUUUCACUAGCUGAGCUCAAAGCAGCCACCAACAACUUUGAUGAUGAUUUGAAAAUCGGUGAAGGUGGUUUUGGCCCAGUGUACAAAGGCCUCGUUGAUGACGGCUCUUUGGUUGUCGCUGUCAAACGCUUGGCUAGACAAUCGGAACUAAGAGCUGAACCGUUCCAAAAUGAGGUACAGGUACUCUGCCAGCUGCGCCACCAGAAUCUUGUCUCUCUUCUCGGGUUUUGUCACGAGAAGGGUGAGAGCAUCCUUAUGUAUGAAUAUGUGACCCAUGGGGGAUUGAAUGGUCAUCUUUUUAAGAAUGAUGAUCCACUCCCAUGGAAGCGGAGACUAGAGAUAUGUAUUGGGGCAGCGCGUGGAUUACACUACCUUCACACAGGUGCAAAGUAUGCAAUAAUUCACUUCGAUGUCAAGCCUCACAAUAUUCUUCUGAACGAAAAUUGGGAUGCUAAGCUUUCAGACUUUGGAUUAUCCCUAAUUGGUCCCUCUAGCUUCUCAAAGCCUAAACCCAACGCUUGGGAAGGAAGGAUAUCAACAGCAAGAGGUACCCUGGGCUAUAUGGCUCCAGAGGUGUUGUACAAAAAUCUUGGAUUCAGUGAAAAAGUUGAUGUGUACUCACUAGGUCUUGUUCUGAUAGAAGUAUUGUGUGGUAGAAAGAUGGUUGACGCCUUCGCAGAAGACGACGAUUUCAUUUAUUUGAUUUCAGGGAUCAUUAAAUGCAUCAAAAAUGGCUGUGUUCAUGAUAUAAUUGAUCCAUUUCUGAAAGGGAAGAUAGCACCAGUGUGUUUGAUAGAAUAUAAAACAUCAGUUAAAGAAAGGGGAAGAAAACCUUCAGCACUUUCAGAGGGACUAUGUCGUCAAUUUUCACUGGCUGAGCUCAAAGCUGCCACCAACAACUUUGAUGAUGAUUUGAAAAUCGGUGAAGGUGGUUUUGGCCCAGUGUACAAAGGCCUCAUUGAUGGAGGCUCCUUGGUUGUCGCUGUCAAACGCUUGAAUAGAUCAACAUCAUCAGGACAAGGAGUUGAAGCGUUCCGAAAUGAGGUAGAGUUACUCUGCCAGCUGCGCCACCAGAAUCUUGUCUGUCUCCUCGGGCUUUGUCACGAGAAGGAUGAGAGGAUCCUUGUGUAUGAACAUAUGACCCAUAGGUCAUUGGAUCGUCAUGUUUUUGGGAAUGCUGAUCCGCUCCCAUGGAAGCGGAGACUAGAGAUAUGUAUUGGGGCAGCGCGUGGAUUACACUACAUUCACACAGGUGCAAAGUAUGCAAUAAUUCACCGCGACGUCAAGCCUCACAAUAUUCUUCUGAACGAAAAUUGGGAUGCUAAGCUUUCAGAUUUUGGAUUAUCCCUAAUUGGGCCCUCUAGCUUCUCAAAGCCUAAACCCAACGCUUGGGAAGAAAUGAUGACAUCAGCAAAACACAACGCUUGGGAAGAAAUGAUGACAUCAGCAAGAGUUACCCUGGGCUAUAUGGCUGGAGAGAUGUUCUACAAAAAUCUUGGAUUCAUCAGACGACUGACCCCUUCGCAGAAGACGAGGAUUUCAUUUAUUUGAUUUUCGGGAUCAUUAAAUGCAUCAAAAAUGGCUGUGUUCAUGAUAUAAUCGAUCCAUUUCUGAAAGGGAAGAUAGCACCAGUGUGUUUGAUAGAAUAUGUGGAGAUCGCUCUCAAUUGUGUAUAUAUAAAGCCAAAUGAACGGCCUUCAAUGGGAGAAGUUGAGGUAACCUUAGAACUUGCAUUGGAGCUGCAGGAGAAAGCCGACUUGGUUAUCAAGGCUGACAA